AUGUUCGAAUCUAGAAAUAAAUAAACACCCAAAGGAAAAUCAGAAAGAAGCAUUCAAUUUGGGUUUGACACAGACUAGCAAAUAUUUAAAAAGAAUGUAAAAGCCUUUAAGAUUUUAAAGUUGAAAGACUUCGAUGGCAAGAUAUAGAUUAUUGAUACCAACACUGUAUCACAUUAAUCAUUCAAGGCUUAGACAAUUAGUACUUAAGCAUCAACACAGCAACAGCCAAAAUUCUUCAAAAUUUUAAGGCAGUCAUUAAAUACAUAAAAUAGUGAAAUUUAGACUGGUAAUCCAUAGAGACCCUUUACCCAAACAUAGAAUGUGAGAAUGAGAAACUCUAGCUAGGAUUUUAAGAAUACAUUAGAGUUCGAUUUAAGAGGAAUGAGCUAGUAAAUGAGAAUGACUGAGACAAGACAACACAGCAGAGAAGAAUAUAAAAGAUUAAUUACUACACCAGUAGGGGGUGAGUAUUCUCACCCUUUUAUAAAUCAGAAAGCCUAAAUUAUCUAAUAAACUACUAAUGAUAAUACCUAUAAGAAUGCUCAGACUGCUAUCAAUCAAAUCAAUCAAAGAGGAAGAUAAAGUUCUAAAAAUUUGAAUGGUGGACACUCUAGCUCUUAAAGAAUAAUGUUUCAUAGCCAAGACAAGAGAUAAAAUCCAUUUCAUGCUGAAAAAGAUUUUAACAUGGAAUCAGAAUUUUUAUUCUUAGAUAUAAAAAGUAAUCUAGAUACAGCAGGUAAAAAGAUGAAAUAUAUGACUCAUCUCGAAUAAGAGUUUGAGAUACUGAAUUUCCAAAUGUUUUUUGGAGUUUCUAAUGAUGAAAUUAAAAACUCGCAAGGUAUGAAUUCUCCAUCAAGUGAUAUGUUUGGUACGUCAAAGACAGGUACUCCAAAUAGUUUCAUCAAGUUUGACAAAUCAGGAACAAGGGUUAAAGGACCCUCUAGCAUAAGAUCACUUUUUCAUGAUACGAAUGAGCUUUUCCUUAAAUUAUAGAAGGGAGAUGAAAUGAAUUUUGGUCGGUCGGAGUUUGAUUAUCACUAUUAAAGACAGAUUGAAGCAGAUAUACUAGAUAUUCAAAGAAGAUACAGAAGAUAUGUAUAGUAUAUUAUCAAGGAAUCUGGAUUUAUGAGUGCUGUGGUCAUAGAUAUGCUAUGGAAAUCCUUAAUGUUAAAAGUAGAUUAAUAUCUCAUGCUUAUGAAUACUCAAACUACAAGAGAAAAAGACAAACAAAGUAAAGAGUUCUUAAGAAAUCUAGAGGAAAAGCAGCUGAGAGAAAAAGAAAUUGAAUAAGAAAUAUAGGAAACAACUAUGAGAUAUGAAUUGCAGAUUAAGCAUAUGAACUAAUAAAUCAAAGAUUUGAGCUAGCAAAGGUUUGUAGCAGAGAAAUAACUUGAGGAUUUUAAAUAGGAGCUAGAAUCUCUAGAGUAGGGAGAAAAUAGAAGAUCUACAUUAAACCAUUUCGGUGAAGUCUGCUCUAAUAUAAAUCUGUUUAUAAAUAAGGUUUAGAGUGAACAAAGACUGAGCAAGAAUGACCUAGGGAUACAAACAGAAUUUACUCAAAUCAAGGGAUCUAAGGUUGGCAAAAUCAUGUUUAACCCUCAUAAAUAAUCAAACAUCGCUUCAAUUUUGAAUAGUGUUACAGUCUAUGCUAAAACGAAAUCCAGCCCGUAAUGUAUAUUAAUGAAGCAACUAUUGAGAUUCAUUUCAGAUGAGAAAAAACUUGAUUCAAAGUAUAUUGAAAUGAGCAGUAAUAAUGGACUAGUUUAUAAUACGCUUAAUAACAUGAAAAACUUUGAAGAAAAACUGGCAAUUGUUAACUUAUAAAAAACUAGGAAAAUUGAAUUCAAAAAGCUUUUCCAAAUAUUCUCCACCUACUACAAAGAUGCAAAAUACUACUAGAAAUUUUAAACAAAUAUGUUGUUUGAUGGAGCUGAUGGUAUUUUAAAUCAUCAAAGUCACACUGCGUAUUUAACCAAGCAAGGUCUUUCAGAUUUCAAAAUAAGAUCUCUUCUGGAAAAUUUAAAAGAUGAGUUUAUUAAUAGCUCAACCUUACAAUUUUUAUGCUAAUGGCAGAUGUAGACACUAAAAGAAUAAAUCUGCGUUAAAAAUUUAGAGAUUUUGAUAAUGACAAUAGACUUAAAGUCUCAACCUAGCAAUUUCAAAAACAAUCUCGUUGCACUUUUCGAAGAACCACCAUAUUCCAUGGUCGUCGUUAGUUUUCUUCACAUGAUCUCCAUCAUCAACCGACAUCUUCAUCAUCUGCCAUGUCGCCAUCAUCCAUGGUGUCUUGUCGACCAACAUCGUUUCAACUGCAAUAGCAGUCGAGAUAGUGACCCUGGUAGGGCAUCUGAUUAUAAUUCACAACUAGGUCAUGCUAGAGUGAGGUAGUGCUCAGUUAUGAAGAAUUCUGUGGAAUUCAUGGUUGUUAAGAAUUUGCUGGGUCAAGGUCCAGGGAAAAUUUGGCUGGAGUUUUUAUGGUCCCUGCAGGUUUAAGUUUAAAAUCCUUACUAGUCCUAGGGAAUUUAAUUAAAGACCCAGCAGGAUGUUAAAAUUAGUAAGGAAAUUAAUUAAAAUUCAGGUUUUAUUAAACCAGGUGGACCUAUUAAAGUUAAAUUUGUCAAGAAUUAAUCGCUAGAGCCAGGUCUAAGGCCAAAUUCUUGGGUGAACCUGGGAGCCAUUUUCAAUACUUUGGAGCCAGGUCUGGCUGGACCCAGUGUUUCGACCAUAACUCCUCAACCACCAACCUCCACUGUUCCAGGCCACCUUACCCAACCAUUCUGGCCCUAGAGCUAUCGAAUGAUAUGGAAUUCACCAGGGAUUGACCAUCAUCUUCUCUACUUUUUCUACAAGAUCAAUAUCACUCAUUACCCAUUUCUAGGGCGUUUCAAGCCUCCUAUCAUCUAUACUCAUAUACCCCAUGGGUCAGCUCACAACUAUCAUAGGUUGAGCCAGUACCACUGCUGGUGGUUCAUGAGAUAGGGAGUGAUCAUUGCCGAUUUUUUGAGACCAUGGCUCCCAGGUUCGGCCUAGGUUUGGCUCCCAAGUUCGGUCCAGAUGGCUCCCAAGUUCGGGGUCCAGAAUGAACUACCAACUCUCACAGGGAUUGGGAGAGUGCAAAUAAUCAAUUAGAAGUUGUGGACCACAGGGGUAGGAGAGUUGAGAUGUCGACAAGUCUGGACCAACCUGGCUCUCAAGUUCGAUUUGACUUUUGACUUUUCAGGUCCACCUGGACCCAAUAAUUUGAUGAUUCAGAGAUGUUGCCAGCACUAGCUGGUUGUGAAUUCGAACCAGCUCUACCUAGUGGUGAGACACCUAUAUGGUUGCAAGAAAUUGCAAUUCAGGUUUGUCGAGAUGACAGAGUAAGGGGGGUCAAGACAUUAAAAAUGUUUGAAUUGUUGA